GGGGGUGCAUAACGUUCCCCCGGCACCGAGGUGUGAGGGUGGUGUUUUACCGUCUGACUUCUUUCUUGUUGGUAGAGACUCAGUCGUGUGAAAUAUGAGUGGGCAGAUAAGGUGGACAUUCAGACCUAGAGGAAGAAGCGAUGAUGAAGAAUCUUCCCAGCUAGUUGGGCCUGUGGUUACCCAGCAGCCCAGUGAUGAGCAACCUCAACAAGAGGAACCACCAACUGAGAGUCAGGAUAUUACACCUGGUCAAGAGAAAGAAGGUGAAGGAGCACUUGUGGUUCAAGGUGAAGGGAAAGGGAAGAAGAACGCCUCUUGCAUGUUUAUAUGGCUUGCCCUGGAAGCUAAUCAACAGGAACUGGCUCAGCCAAAGACUGGGCGUGAGUGUGGUGAUGAUCCUGAUGUCAAGGGGAAGAGACUAUGAAAUCCAGAGCCCAUGAAAAUGCCAGAAGCAGGUGAAGGACAACCACAGGUUUUUAAAGGAAGACAAGCUGAAACCAUGCAGGCUGUUCUUGUGUUGGAAAUUUGACUGUUAAAAUUCUCUCAAUAAAGUUUUGCAGUUUUGU